AUGGGGCUGAGUACUGUAAACAUUUCGAUGAUCGGCUUCACACUUGCGGUCCUGCUAAUCUCGUCAAGCCCCAACCUGGCAGUGGGCGAAGAAGGCUUCGGGGCUCUGAGAGUGGUAGAGGGAUCCGUGGCCCACACAACCCCACGGAGCCCGGAUGAGGGCCCCCGCUGGAUUCCCCAGUGCGGUCACCCACAGCCUCCAGUCUGUAGCUGCUCAAAGAUCAGUGAUGAUGCUAACCCUUACCCUCGAAAAACCAAACCGGAGGGUGCUGAAGGUUCCUCUGCUGCACCACUGAUAUCCGGACAGACACAGCUCCACCCACCAGCCAAACAACAAGGCCGGGCUGUCAACCCCAGGCAAAGCUGCUACUCUUUGGACUUGAUUCAUCAAUUGGACUCUGCGUUGACUAAUCAAGAACUAUAUUCAGCUUUACAAAACAUGCAAAGGAUUAAAGUCCCAGAACCCAAUUGGUUUCUAAUAAAAUUUAAGCUUAAAGUAUUUAAUUCCAAACUUACUCCAUGUGUAAAUGCUGUUUAUGUUGGAUCUUUGCGACUUAGUUCAUUGCCUCCCACACUGAGACAUGCCUCGAUUAGUGUUCUUCUGAAAAAGGAAAAGGAUUCCUAG